GGCUGGUUUUGCGCAAUGAAAGUAGGAUCUGUUGCAGGUGUAAAGUUCUCUUGCCUGAGUGUUUCUUGUAAGAAACAGGGUCAGACUCUGAGUCCAAGCAGGAGCAGGAGCAGCAAGAAGGGUCUGGGGCAGCAGCAGCAGCAGCAGCAGCAGCAGCAGCAGCCGCCACCACCCAAGGAGGUGCAGCAGUUUGACACCAAGCAGUUCCCUGCCGCUGCCGCACACAGCACUCCCGUGAAGAAGGAACAGAAUGGAGACAGAGACGGAGAGGUAGAACCUGUCAGUAAAAUUGAAUACCAACAGUUUGAAGACGACAAGGCGUCUCAGAAGUCAUCUUCGAGCAAACUCUCCAAACCAUCUCCUCUAAAAGUGGUGAAGAAGCCCAAAAACAUGCAGUGCAAAGUCACUCUGCUGGACGGCUCAGAUUACUCCUGUGUGGUGGAGAAGCGCUCCAAGGGCCAUGUGCUUUUUGACAAAGUCUGCGAUCAGCUCAACCUUUUAGAAAAGGAUUACUUCGGUAUCACAUUCCGGGACUCAGAAAACCAAAAGAAUUGGUUGGACCCUGCCAAGGAAAUAAAAAAACAGAUACGAAGUGGUGCCUGGCAGUUUGCAUUCAAUGUGAAGUUCUACCCUCCUGACCCAGCCCAGCUUUCAGAAGAUAUCACCAGGUAUUACCUGUGCUUGCAGCUAAGGGACGAUGUGGUGUCGGGCCGCCUGCCUUGCUCCUUUGCCACACACUCUGUGCUGGGCUCUUACACUGUCCAGUCUGAGCUGGGGGACUAUGACCCAGAAGAGUAUGGCACUGACUAUGUCAGUGAGUUCCGCUUCUCCCCGAACCAGACUAAAGAGCUUGAGGAAAAAGUCAUGGAAUUGCACAAAAAUGUCAAGGGAAUGACGCCUGCUGAAGCAGAGAUUAAUUUACUGGAGAAUGCCAAAAAACUGUCCAUGUAUGGAGUAGAUCUGCAUCAUGCCAAGGAUUCAGAAGGAGUGGAAAUCAUGCUAGGAGUGUGUGCUAGUGGGCUGCUUAUCUAUCGAGACCGGCUCAGAAUAAAUAGGUUUGCCUGGCCCAAGGUGCUCAAAAUUUCUUAUAAGAGGAACAACUUCUACAUCAAAAUCAGGCCAGGGGAGUUUGAACAGUUCGAAAGCACAAUUGGCUUUAAGUUACCAAACCAUCGAGCUGCCAAGAGGCUGUGGAAGGUUUGUGUGGAGCACCAUACAUUCUUCAGGCUAGUAUCCCCAGAAGUCCCAGCAAAGAAGUUUCUCACUUUGGGUUCUAAAUUCCGCUUCAGCGGAAGGACACAAGCCCAGACACGACGGGCCAGUUCUCAGAUAGUCCGUCCUGCACCCUCAUUUGAACGUUCCUCUAGCAAACGCUACACAAUGUCCCGCAGCUUGGAUGGGGCUCAACGGAGUAAACCAAAAAGCAAACUGACUGUUGUACCUGGAGUUAAACUGCCAGCCACAGUAAAUGAGACUAACAUUCCAGCCUCAGUGAGUGAAAACCAGGAAAUAUUCAUGAAGGAUUCCAUGUCCGCUUCAGAGAUGGGCACCGCCCAGUAUGGGACGACCAAGGGCAUCGCUUCGGGGGACCUCAUCACCACAGUGACCCCUGAAAAGAAGGCUGAGGAGGAAAGGGCCGAGGAGGAGCAAGGGACGAUGAAAAAAGAAGAGGAGGAGGAGGUGGAGGAAGAAGAGGAGAUGGAGGUUCCUGAACCCGCUCCGCUUACCCCUGUUAAAUACGACACAAAGCCACCACCGUUAUUCUGCACUGACCUAUCCUACUCUGAACCUUUGCAUUCUGCUUCCCCUGUCUCAUCAACAAAGAUCUGCAGGAGACGCAAGGAGAACGCUCGCAAAAGAGCAGGUUCCAUCAGCCCCACCAAACACGGUGCUGUCAGUAAUCCCGGGCAGCCGGAUUCAGAAAGGAAACCACCCGUUCACAUAGACGAGCAAGAUAUGGUGGUUUUGGGUUAUAAGCAGAAGAAAGACAAAAAAGGCGGGACUUUGUUUUCCUUCUCCUUGCAUCUCCCAGAUCUGCCUUCCUUCCUGGACGAUGAUGGCUACCUUUCUUUCCCUGACAUCUCAGAAGUUAAUUUUUUACCUGAAAGCAUUCAGCACUUUCUCCCCAUCCAGUCGCCCUCCCUUGCUCCCUGUUUGUUGUUCAUCUUUUUCUUCCUGCUGUCCGCCUCGUUCUCAGUGCCCUAUGCUCUCACCCUCUCCUUCCCCCUGGCUUUGUGCCUCUGCUACCUGGAGCCCAAGGCGGCCUCUUUGAGAGCCUCACUUGACAAUGACCUGAGUGACAGUUCAGAGGAAGAGACUGACAGCGAGCACACAGACACUGCGGCUGAUGGAGAAACUACAGCCACAGAGUCGGAUCAAGAAGAUGAAUCUGAAAUAAAGCCACAGAAUAGUUUUAUAAAGCAAAUAAAGGGGGAAAAUGUAUUUGUCAAACAUAGUAAUCUGAUGUUAGAGGUCACAAUUAAGACUGAAGAAGAGUUAUUGAAACACCAAACCAACAUCAGCGAGUUGAAACGAACCUUUUUGGAAACAACCCUAGAUGGCAGUGGACUUACUGAGUGGGAGAAGAGGCUCUCCACGUCCCCAGUGCGGACUGCCCUGAGACUGGAAGACGCUCCAAUGAUUGAACCCCUUGUCCCGGAGGAAACCAAAGAAGAGUCAGCUAAGCUAAAAGCAGAUGAACCCCUACAGCCUGGGGACAGUGAGAAGACUGUGAAAGAGGGGUUUACAUCUGGCAGCAUGAUCUCCUCUUCUCAUCACAUUACGAUGCUGAAGACUAUUCCAUCAUACCCUGAGGGUUCUGAUGACUGGGUUAUUGUAGACAAAAUGCCAACUAAGGUAGUCCCAAGCGAAAUGAACACUGUUGUCACCUAUAAAGUAAAGGCAGUCACUAGUACUGUUUCUGAUGAAGCUCAAAGCAGCCGUGGCAGUAAAAUCAAAACCUUUGAAGACUACCGAAGAGAAAUGAAGGAGGAAGAGCUAAAACAGAAAGCGUACACCUUGGGAAAGUCAUAUGAUACCCAAUCUGGGAAAAUCGUGACCAUGACAACGCGGGUCAGAGAUGGAGAUAAGUCUGUGCAGUACUCCUCACAGGAGGCUAAAAGAAAGAUGGACUACUCUUCCACUGUUAAAAUAAUUCCUGUUUCGGCUGAGUAUGAAAUUCUGGAGCCCGUUUCUGAGAAAACGACACCGUCUGGGGAUAAAGUGGCUUUGGUAACGAUCAAAGAAGCAGAGACUCCCCUUGCCUCUGAAUCCUAUACAAAAAAUUUUAUAGAUACAGUUUUCACAGAUCUGCAUGAUGAACAAGGCAACUAUAUCCUGAAGGAAGGUGCUGGUCACCUGGAAGACAAGGUUCUGCAAAUGGAUGAUGUCAUACAGAAUGACAAAGCCCAGUGGAAACGUCAUGGAGAGCAGCCUUUUACUGUUGCUACUCCUCAUUUUGUAACCGAAUCCUCAACUGCUACAAGAGUGGUGACUAAACAGACCUCUGGUGAAAUGGAUGAUAAAGACUUCUCCACUUUAAUAGACUCAGCAAGAGAUCAAUACAGCAAUGUGGAAUGGGCUACUUCUGCUUCACGUAGUUUGGCUCAGACAUCGGAUGUGAAGGUGGAGCGGAAAGGCAUCUCUCAAAUAUUGAAGCAGGAGGUUCACCAGCAGGAGCAAUCCAUGAUGAAGGUUGUUCAGGAGACGUUUAUUUUGAAGGAGGAGGAUCGUGUGUUGAAUAUGCAUGCAAGUGAUGCUGCAGAUAAUCCACCUGUUGUGAAAACAGAAUCUGUGAGUUUUGGCAGUACCGCUCAGGAAGAAAGAGAGGAGAUCACCACCAAGGAAGUGCCAGUAAUUCACACAGAGACAAAAACCAUUACUUACGAGUCAUCCCAGGGGGAUGUCAGUGCCGAUGCAGAACCAGGUGUUCUAAUGAGUGCCCAGACCAUCACGUCAGAAACGACAAGCACUACAACUACAACACAUAUCACAAAGACUGUAAAGGGAGGCAUUUCAGAAACAAGAAUCGAGAAGAGAAUUGUUAUAACGGGGGAUGCUGACAUUGACCAUGACCAGGCCCUGGCUCAGGCAAUUAAAGAAGCCAAAGAGCAGCACCCUGACAUGUCAGUGACCAAAGUAGUGGUACAUAAAGAGACAGAGAUCACGCCUGAGGAUGGGGAAGAGUGAUGGCAGGAAUAAAGCUUGCACCUCAGAAGAACCUGUUACACAUCAUGAAGAAUAAGGACAUCUGUGAAGUCAGCUUUGAUUUUAUAUACCAAUAUCUCACUAUCUCACUGCAUUGGAUCACCUCAUAGGAAAUAGCACCCUUACACGAUUACUCUAUGAACGUUGGCUUACGUAAAUCUAAAUCAAUCCAAUAAAACAUUGGAAAAUGCAUAUUGCAUGAAAAUUUAAGCAAUGCUGCAUUCUUUGUUUUUUCUUUUUGUUUUUUAAAUUUAAGGUAAUGAUGAAAUUACCCAGGUUCCUAAUAUACCUGCACACUCAUUUCAAUGGCAGUAGAGCUAUAAACAAACAAAAAAAAAACUUUGAAUUCUCUGCCUUUUAAAAGUAAUGAGUUAUCAAGUAAAUAAUUUUAAGUGGCUUCUUUUUGUUUUUUAAUAAUAAUAAAAUCACCCCCAAAAUGCUAUAGGCUGUACAUGCAAUUUGCAUAAUAUUUAAUCACGCAUUAGAUGUGCCAACAUUACUGAGCUCAUCUGUUUACUCAAACACUUUGAACCUUGUAACUGGAUUUUAUCUGAUUUUACUGAUAUUGCCUGCAAAACAACAGUGAACCUUAAACUUUGAAAUGAAUUAUUAUGGUACAUACAAUUGCUUCUUAGCAGAAAAGUACUAUUCUUAUGUAAUGAUUUAGCCAUUUUUUACUUGAAUCACAUCAUUUUUGUUUUUCCACUAAGUUUCAAGUUAAGGUGAAAGGCUAAAUAUAGUAUUCCUGUAAUGGCAAAAGAAUCUAAAAGAUAAGAGACUAUGCUGCUUGCAGAACAGACUGUAACUUACAUUAUGAGAGUAAUUGUAUGUGGAAUCUGUUCAUAAGUCACAGAAACUUGCUGUGGAGUCAAAUAAAUCACUUAACUUUGACUUCCUUGUGCAGAGUCAAGCCUUAAACUGUACAGAGAACGGCAACUUUCAGUGUGAGCUAAAAAAUAUAUUAGUGCCCGUGGUUUAAAAGGAUCCAAGUCAAGGAUGUACUACUAUUCCAUCCCAUCAUCAGUUGCAGUACCAUACAUGUUAAAUAUAUGUUUCCACAUUCGUGAAAUAAAAGUGGUAAAUGCAUUUCAAUGAAUUUGUCGUUUCUUUUUAAUAAAAUAUACUGAUAAUA